AUGGAUCUUAGAGAGUCCGUGGUAGAGGUUGGGCGGGUGAAUAAUAAAUUAAUGACUAUUAAGUUGGUGGUUGGUGAGUGUACCCUAAAUGUCGUUAGCGUUUACGCGCCGCAAGCACGCUUGGAUGAGGAUGUUAAAAGGAGCUUCUGGGAGGGAUUGGAUGAGAUUGUGCGUAAUAUUUCGCCUGCCGAUAGGUUAUUUAUAGGAGGAGAUUUCAAUGAACAUAUUGGGUCGUCUGCAGGUGGCUAUAGUGAGGUGCAUAUUGGAUUCGGUUUUGGCGGAACGGAGGGGGGGGGGAGGCAUUUGGUUACUUUCCAAAGCACGGUGGCGAAGACUCAGAUUGACUAUCUCCCCCUCAAGAGAUGUGACAGAGGGUUGUGCAAGGAUUGCAAGGUUAUCCCGGAUGAGACCCUAGCGACGCAACAUAGGUUUUUGGUGAUGGAAGCCGGUAUUAUGAUAAGGAAGAAGAAGAGGUCUGUACGAGGACGUCCGAGGAUCGGGUGGAGUGCCAAGGAUAAAGAUCAGGAGUUGGAAGGGAGGUUAUCGGCUAUGUGGUCCUGGAAGAGUAGUGGGGACGCGAGCAUUAUGUGGUCGACGAUGGCGGACUGCAUUAGAAAGGCGGGGAGAGAGGUGUUAGGGGUUUCGUCGGGCUAA